AUGAGUGAAAACAGCGCUCAGCAGUCCAAGAAACCUGCAUUUUUCAGAACUCUUCCUGAGAAUAUUGCUACAUCACCAAUUGGUAUUGUGAAAAUAUCAAAUAGUCCUUUUCCUUCUUUGGACCCUACAAGACAAUUUAGAUCGGUUUAUGAGAGAGCUGGUUUUGAUGUCUACAGGCCUAAUAAGACAAGACAAAGUUCUCGUGUAACUUCGCCCGUUAUCAAAGAAAAUGGUUUCAGAUCACAGUCAACAUCUCAGCUGAAUCAACAGACAGGGAUGCCAAAAGUCUUUGAUGAGAAAAGAAAUUUUAGUGAGCACCAUAAUAUCAGUCACAGUAACCAUAACUAUGGUGAUCCAAUCCCAGGAUUCAAUAAGGCACCUUUAACAAUUGAUGCUAACUUGGCUAAUGGCUCUAAAGAUGGUGAAAUCACUACCCACUUAUCAACAGGAUCAACAGCUACAAGCACUUUUGAUAGAGCAGGCCCUAAGCCUCUUCAUAGUUCUACAUCCAGCACAUUUACAGAUACAGAACCUAGAUCAGCUUCAACAGAAACAUUUUCCAAAUUCCGUGAAGGUUCAUCAAGCAACUUUGUUAGUGCACAAUCGUUACCUUAUUCUGCACGCUCUAAAAGAAGUUCAAAAGACUCUACUCAUACUUACAACACAUCACCUUCGUCUUCAAGAAUUGCUAGAGAAUCAAAUGGUUAUCAUUCACCUGCUCAAUCAUUCCCAAGAAUCAGUCCAACUAGAAAAUUGUUUGCUCCUCAAAAUUAUGCUAAUGAACCAGAAGUACAACAGGGCCGUGGUUAUAUGGCUCAUGAAUCCAAUGAUCUUUCAUUUCAAGCUUCAACAGGAGGUGACCGCUCAAUCGAUACUGUAAAGUAUACCCCAGAAGAGAGAUUGGAACCAAGCUUGGAUGUAUCAAUGAACAAUGUUCCCCGUGGUUUCCCAGAUAAGUCAUACGAAAGUGUCAAUCCGCUGUCUAAUUCAACUUCUUUCGAUGUUUCAGAGCCUAUAGAUGUUAUUUCUGAUGAUGGUGUCGAUAAUUCAGAUGACGAAUCUUUCAAAAGUGAAAUUUUAUCCCCAAAGAACCAACAUUUCAAUUUUGAGAAUGGUAAAGACCAGCAGCUUGAUGAUUCAUUAAGCUUUGGCCAAGAUAGUACUCAAAGGGAUAUAUCAUUGCAAUUACCUGUUUCACCACCACAAAGUCAGCAACAAGAACAGCUUAAUACUAUUCCACAACUUACAGUGAGCGAUACUGAAGGUAACUAUGUUCAUCAUGAUGACUUUUUACCACCAAGUGAUUACAAAAAGUCUACAGAUAUGAGACAAAGUGCUGUUUCUAUUGCUGCCAGCUCCAUUUACAGCAAUGAUAAUAGACAAAGCAUCACACCAAUCUCAGAGUUUGAGACUAUAGAAGAGCAUGAAUUUGAAAAUUAUCCAGAUUUACCAAAAUCUUCAGGUCCAGUUUAUGAAGAAAUUGAACAACAAUUGGAAUCCUUAAGUAUGAAAUCUCCACAACCUUCUCAACCACCACAAAUUUUGAUUCAUUCUUUAAAAGAGGUUUCUACAGACGCUUUUGAUGAAGAGCAUGAUGAACCAGAAGAUGUUCAAGAAUUUCAAAAAACAAAUGGGGCUAGAUCCAUUGACAAUGUGUCCAAGAAUAAUGAGUAUACAACUCAAGAUCAAGAUGAAUACGUGUCGAAAUCACCAAAUUUAAUAGAAGAGCACAAACAAGAGCCAGAAGUACCGAAAUAUCCUGCUGGUGAGGAAAACCAAUAUAUUCUAAAAGUGGUGAAUUAUCAGGUCAAUGGCACAGAGAAUGCUUUACAUGUACUCUAUGUGAUUUAA